CAGAACCAAAAAAAAAGCAACGCCUGACAUUACUCCACAAUUCACAAGUUAAGUCAGUUUUGAGUCAGUCUAUCAUUUAUAUUACUAAGUAAUAAAAAUUUUCAGCUUUUCAUCUUUUCAGGGAAAACCCUAAUUACGUAUACUUAAAUCUAAAUUCUAAAUGCAUUUUAAUUCGUAUAACCAAUAGCGAUAUAUUAACAAUUAAUCAAUUUGGCUGUCUCUGUUAUAAGUAAAUAUAUCAAGUUGUGUGUAAAAUUGUUUUAUAUUAAUUAAUUUUUAUAUAACGUGGCUUUUUAAUGAAUAAUAGUUAUUGCACUGUUUGUGUCACGUCGCACAAUUUAAACUUAAUCGUGCUAUAAUGUAAAAUAGUCGUUUGUUGAGUGAUGGAUGAUAGCAGUAAAAACUCCCCUUGUAAGGCUUGCAAUGAGGAUGCUGAGGGUCUGCAGCUGCAUGCCGAAGUGGAGCAUUUGCGGCAACACCUUGGAGAGAGAGACGCACACAUUGUAGCCAUAGAGAGUGAGUUCAUCAAAUGCACAGCUAGAGCAAAUGAUUUAGAGGAACAACUUGAUACUUGGAGAGAGAAAUAUGAGAGAUUGUAUGACUCUCACAAGCGUGUACAAAAGUUAAAUCAAGUAUUAGAAGACAAGUUACUUCAAAUGGUGGAUAAAAUGAAGGGAGAAAAGAGUCAGUUGACUAAAGAUAUUGCCACUUUAUCAGUAAGGCUUGCAGAGUCAAAGCAUAACUACAGCAUGCUGCAAAAAGAGAAUGAGCGUUAUAAAAAUGACAUGAAUUUAGCAAUCCAGUUGCUACAAUGUAAACCUGAUAACUUUGUAUCUCAAAAAUUAGAUAGCCUUCCUGUUGAUACACAGGCACGAGUUUCACAAUAUGUAAUGUCGAAAACAUCCAAGCCAUCUAGUUCUACUCAGUCUAAAACUGGCAAUGAAAAUGAUGCAUUUGACACAAGUGAGUAUGAAUUCAAUAUUUCGGCAUCCCUCAUGUCCAAAAUACUUGAAGACAGCAUUCAAGAUACUGUCACCAAACAUUGUGACACCUGUACAUGUUCUAAAUCGCAAAGUAAACCUUUCUGUUAUAAUGACAGUUCUUAUUCUAUAGCCACACAAACUUUAUUAACUGGAGAAGUGAAGAAUUCGCUUUGUUUGAACUGUAAUUCAGAAAUAAAGUCUCUACAUUCCAAUUUAAGCAUUAGAAGUAUCUCACCACAUGGUAUUAAGCUUGUUGAGGAUAACAUAUUAAACCAUGAUAUUGCCAGUCCUCUAUACACAAUACCACAACCUGUUUCUGAAAUAAUCAAUGAUAGUUUUCAAAAUGUUGUGGGUAAAAGAAAUCUUAAUUUUGUAAUUAAUGAAAGUAACCAUAUAGAUGUUACACAGAAUAAAGAUGAUCAAAAUAUUUUACAAAAAAAUAUCAGCACAAAUAUGGAACCAGAAGUACAUCAUAAGCUCUGUGAUCGCACAAAAACUUCUAUUUCUAGCAAAAAAAGUAGUAGUCAUAGUGUAAGAAAUGAUGACUCGCUUAUUAAAGAUACUUUAAAUGGAAAAGAUCUUCAUAUCAAAAAUAGAUCUGGAGAUAGUACUAGUCUCAGAAAGAACUCUCAAAGUUCUAUGGGAGGAAUGAGUAGGACUUCAUCUAUAGCUAAAUCGACAGUAAGUACGCAUAAGUCCAAUACUCAAGUGGGACCUGGACCAAGAUUUUGUCAUUUACGUAUGCAAGCUGGUUCUAAGAAUAUAUUGCUUGACAAUGCUGAACCUGAUGUACCACCUGUUUUGUAUAGGCGACAGAGUAAAUGCAAUGAAACUUCAAUAUUCAAAGAUUUGAAUGAUGAUUUAGAAAAUUUUAUCAACUUAGAUAAAACCAAUGAUAACAUCAGAAAUGAUAUAAAAACUGAUAACAUUGUUGUAGAAAGUACACUUAUUGAUGUCCAUGUUGAUAGCAAUAAUAGAGAUUCCGGAAUCAUUGCCAAAGGCACAUCAAUAAACCCCGUGUUAUUAAAUGUUUCUUCAUCACCAUUGCAACCCUUAAAAACCCAUAAUUUCUCCAAUGGUUCCGAACAUAAUAACAAUAAUAAUUCCCUAAGUAUUGGUAGCCAACAAAAUACUUCUGGAAUCGAUAAGUUAUUAAGUGAUUUUAAUCCCGAUAGUUGUAAUAUUUUAAAUACACAAACAAAUGAGGACACCAAAAAACAUGAAGUUGUUACUCCUGUUGAUAAUCACAAUGUUAAAAUGUUCAACUUCGAUCGGUAUGAACAAAAAAAGUUAGCUAAUCAAUAUAAUAGACCUUUGAGAAAAAUUGACAUGUCACAACUACAUUCUAUCGAAAAUACUAAAAUAUCAAAAGAUUUUCCACCGCAAAAUUUCUCGAAAAUAGAUAAAAAGGCUGGAUCUGCUGUAAAACUGACGCUCCCCGCAGUUGUUAAUGUUUACCCUAAUUUAACACAGACACACUUGAAAGUAAAUGAAAAUAAAAGAGUAUUUACAAAUGAACAAAGCACAAGUUCUCUUUCAAGUGACGACAGUGCCGCAUUACUACAAAAGCAACAAUUACUUAGGGUUGCGGAGUGGGUGGAAAAAAAUUUAGAACAACAAAAUAGCUACAAUGACCCAUUAGAGGACGAAGUUAGUUUCAAUAAUCGAGCCAUGAGGCGCGAUAGCAGACUUGGUCGACUUACAGAGACCCUAAAUGAAUUGGCUCUUAAUAUGCCACAUCCUGUAAGUAAAUAUUCAAAAUCUUAUGCCAAAGAAGAUCGCAAUUUGUGGGUCCAUGAUAAAGUCGCACAAAAUGAAGAAAAGCCUGGAGUAUAUAAUUUGUCUAAUACAAAAAUUGCAAGCAACGUGGUUAAGGAAACAAUAUUCCCAGUGGAAUAUGAUGAAGCAACAGUCACCGAAGUGAAUAAUGAGACUACAAAAAAUUGCGUUAUAAAUAAUCUUGAAGAGUUUGAUGUAGGGAAAGAGAUAAGGGCGGCAUUUAAAUCCAAUACCGGCAAAGAAAUUACUCCUGAUGAUUUGGCAAGAAUGGAGUAUAAUGUGAAGAAAUUUUUGUUGAGUGGACCUCACUGGGUUAAUCCAGAAUCUGCUGGGAGAAGCCGACGCACUAGUAGCAAAACUGAGACUGAUGUAUAAUUCCACUGUAGGUUGAAGAUAGUUUUAACUUUCUAUGUUUCGUGUGUUCCAUGGAUUUAAUGUUACUUAGGUAGCGGCAUGGCAGUCUCUUUUUUCAUUUUGUUGUAUAGAAUAGGGAAUAAAUAUUUUAUAGAAUUAGUGAACGCGCUACUCGGCAGCCAUAUUGUAUCUAGCAAAUGUCGCAUGAAUUUAUAAAUUGUAUGAAAUAUAUUUGGCGAUAGCUAUAUGUUUAUGUGCUAGUAUACAUUUCACUUAAUUCUGUGUUUUCUCCGAAUUAUUUCUUACACUAGUCAUUAUAUAUAUCUACAAUUGUAAUAUACAGUUUGGAUAAGAAUUUUCCGUAUAUCAUGUAUAACUUCCAAUAAAAUUCUGUACUUAUAAUAAAAAUACAAAAACUAAUUUUGUGAUAUUGAUAUUGUCGCUAUUAAUAUGAAAGCCUACAAAUUUGUUUUAGCUUUCAAAUGUAUAUGUAGUUCUGCAUUAGUUAUCUCAGGAAGAAUUUCAAGAGUAUUUAAAUUUGUUAAAAUCAAGGCUGUCAUAGUCUAGGAUAACGUAGCAUAAAAGCACUAAAUGUUAAGUGAGUGGAGUUAAAUAUUUACAAGGUUCUACACAAACAGAAUCAGAGCAUAUUGGAAUGCAACAUGAAAAUAUUUUUGGUAAUAAAAUUCAAAACUAAUAACAAGGAGCAUAUUCAUCGAAUUUGGUUAAUUUAUAAUUUGAAUAGGAAUAUUUAGUAAUAUAAUGAAGUAUAAAAGUGCCGAGUUUAUAGGAGAUUAUAUAUAAGGCUUGCCUCAUAUUCAUAUUCAUGAAAUUAAAAUGCUUCUCAGUAUGUGAUAAAAAUUAAGAUUCGUCGCUUUGACUUGUUCAAAUGUUUUAUUAUUAGACACUGAUGAAUGAAAAAGUUUAAGGCUACCAAAGAAAAGAAAGUAUUUAUUUUUAACCUCAAUGGUAUCGAAAUAUAGAUACUUUUAGUAAUAAUAUAUAUUUUUACAUAACAUUUAUUUUCACAAUGAACAAAGAAAUUUAGAUGUUAAUAGUAUAUUAUUACUUUUUUAGUAUAUUUAGAUUACAAUUUUGGCCUUAAAACUUUUUCAUUCACGUCACAGUACCUACCUAAUAUAGGUAUAUAUUUAGCUGUAUACUACAUAACUAUAUAAAAAUACUAUAACUGUACUUCUCUGGUCUGACAACAUCCUAAUUUUUAAUUAUAUUUUUUUUAAAUGUAUUUUAAUGUAUUACAUACAAGUAAGAAAUGACAUGAUUUUUUCACUUUCAUUGGAAAAAUCUGUUUAUUUAACCUACUGCUUUUUUUUUAUUUUAUAAUGUUAAUAUAUGUAAUGAUUACAUAUUUGUCUCUGUUAAUGCUUUAUUUUUCUCAACAAUAAGCUAGCGUCCUUUAGGCGUUGUCAUGCCAGAAAAUUACAAGUAUUAAAGAAAUCAUAGUCCAAAUGUAUGCCGUCGACGUAAUGUAUAGUAUAUUGACAAAUUAUAAAAAUAUUUAAUAAUAUUAUCUAUUGUACUUCAUAACACAAAGUAUCAUGCCUCCGCUUACACGUGUACAACUAUUUAUAUAAAAGUAUCUUAUAUUAAAUGGACGUUUUUGUGCAUAUUUUCCUAAUUAUGUAAUUGGAUGGAAUAUAUUUUUGAAAUAUUAGUUACGAGCGAGUAUACUGUAGCUAGGUUAAUGAGAGUAUAUUAGAUUGUAGUAAGCAGUGCCCGCCAAUAUCUAGUGUUGUAAAUUUAUAAAUUUUGUUACUGCUAUAAAAACCCCUAGAGAAAUAGAACCCCGGAUUCUUCAAGUCUAUAGUGAAUAGAUUUCUUCUGGGUAAGCGCGCUACAUCUAGUCUUGCCAUCGGGUGCGGUAAGAACAAGAGCAAACCCAUUUAUAACAAAAGAAAAAGUUGUAGAAAUGCUUAAUGUUGAAGAAUAUCGUUAUAUUGAGAUGUAGCGAUGUAAAACGUAUUUAAUGAGAGGCCCUUGUAUUCAAGAAUUGCAUGGAUACGAUCCGCAGGUUAAUCUUAUCUCAGUAUCAAGUUAAAUCCAAUCACUUUAUUACGGUUCUUUUGAAAUUCUUGUUUUCAAAUUUUAUUUUAUUUGCUACGCUAUUUCAUAUGUAAUGUACUUGUGUUAGUGUACUUUUUGUAAUGGAUUAUAAAGGAAUGGUGCAUCCGCUGUCGCUAAUGGUUUACGCUGGCGGGGCACAUAUGGAGGAUGAUAAGAUGAGCAUGAGGUCAGAUCAAUUAGCCCGUUGUGGUAAAUUCCCCAAGAAUUUGUCAUGAUUGUUUCCAAGGCGAAUUGCGUGGAGGUCAAUCAAUAAUAAUAAUAAAUAAGAAUCCCUUUUCCUCCAUGUUAAAGUUCUGUACAAAGUAUGUACCAUUGUACUUUAAGGUGUGUGUGUAUACGUCUCUUUAGGAAUAAAAAUGACACAAUUCUUAUGCUUAAGGGCCUCUAGACGAAGUAGUCUAGUACCAUGCUAAAAAUUGUUUACCAACUUCCAAAAAAUAAGACAUCAAAGACACGUAGCAUUCAAUUCUAUUUAAAAUAGUAAAUUAUGGUUUAUUUGAAAGCAAGUACUUUUUAUAUUAGUCCCAUAAAAAUUUUACUAAAAAGGGUUUAGCGGUUUGGAUAUUAAAUCAAAAUUAUUGGGGAAAUGUCAUUCAAUGAUGACAGUCACUUAAAUAAUGCUAAUAAAAUACCUAUAUCAUUA